GUGAGUUUUUUUUAUGCUUUGACAGGUUUUAUUUUCAAAUAUUUGAUUAUUCGGUUUCUCAAAAUUUAAUCAAAAUUAAUCCAUACGCCAGAAUCCUUUGCCAGAGGGCGACCCUCUGGGUGGUUCGACCAUGUCCCAAUUGCCUGUCGAACCUAAGAUCUCGCUGCUUUGCCAGCAAGUGCAAAAAGGAGAAGGAUGUGCCGAAGUUCCGGCUGGACCGCGGACCUUUUGCCUCCCAGCUGGAUUACCAGUCGCGACUGCAAUACAAAGCCCCGGCACUGAGUGUGCCCCUCAGCGGAAUUAUAUGCACCAUUGGACCCUCGUCCAACUGCCCGGAAGUGCUCCUGGAGCUGAUCCGAGCGGGGAUGCGGGUGGUGCGUAUGAACUUCUCACACGGCAGCCACGAGUACCAUUGCCAGACGAUCCAGGCGGCACGAAAAGCGAUUGCCAUGUAUGUGGAGCAAACGGGGUUGCCCAGACCCGUGGCCAUUGCCCUGGACACCAAGGGUCCGGAGAUCCGGACGGGAAAGCUGGCCGGCGGCAGUGACACCGCCGAGAUCGAGCUCAAGCCCGGCGACAAGGUCACGCUGAGCACGAAGAAGGAGCUGGAGGAGAAGUGCACCAAGGAGAUGAUCUACGUGGACUAUCAGAGAUUGCCGGCACUCGUGAAGCCCGGAAAUCGGAUCUUUGUCGACGACGGAUUGAUCGACUUGGUGGUCCAGGAAUCGAAGGCGGACGAGGUGAUCUGCCAGGUGGAGAACGGUGGUAAGCUAGGCUCCCGCAAGGGCAUCAAUUUGCCGGGCAUUCCGGUGGAUUUGCCCUCCGUAACUGAGAAGGACAAGCGUGACCUCAAGUUCGGGGCGGAACAGCAGGUGGACAUGAUCUUCGCUUCGUUCAUCCGCGAUGCCAAGGCAUUGAAGGAGAUUCGCCAGGUCCUGGGACCAACGGGCGAGCACAUCAAAAUCAUCGCCAAGAUAGAGAACGAACAGGGAUUGGCCAACAUAGACGACAUUAUCCGUGAAUCCGAUGGCAUAAUGGUGGCCCGUGGCGACAUGGGCAUCGAGAUCCCGACGGAGGAUGUUCCGGUGGCCCAGAAGUCGAUCGUGGCCAAGUGUAAUAAGGUGGGCAAGCCGGUGAUCUGUGCCACCCAGAUGAUGGAGUCGAUGAUCUCAAAGCCGCGACCCACUCGUGCCGAAGCCUCGGAUGUGGCCAAUGCCAUCUUCGACGGAUGCGAUGCCGUAAUGCUGUCCGGCGAAACGGCCAAGGGCAAGUACCCGGUGGAGUGUGUCCGGUGCAUGGCCAGGAUCUGUGCCAAGGUCGAGGCGGUUCUGUGGUACGAAACCCUGCAGUACAGCCUAAAGCGGGAGAUCCGGACCACUGCCGCGGAUCACAUUUCGGCAGUGACCACGGCAAUUGCGGAGGCGGCCACGGUGGGUCAGGCCCGGGCCAUAGUGGUGGCCAGUCCUUGCUCUAUGGUGGCACAGAUGCUCAGCCACAUGCGGCCGCCUUGUCCCAUUGUAAUGCUCUCCGGCUGCCAGUCCCAGGCAGCCCAAUCCUUGAUCUUUCGAGGCGUUUACCCAUUGCUCGUCGAAGAAAUGGUCCUGGGUAGCUUCAACUUCCGACGCAUCAUGCAGUCGGGCCUCAAACUAAUGGCCAAAAUGGACAUCCUGGAGCCGGGCCAGAAGGGAUCGGUGGUGCUGGUGAAUGCCAUGUCGGCGGACAAGAUCACCUUCCGACUCUUCACCAUUCGGCAGCAGACGAAGGCGGAACGGGAUCAGGAGGAGCUAUGCCAGAAACUAGAGCUUGAACAGCGGUGCAAGGAGAGGGCUCAAAAGGAGUCCUGUCAAAAGCUCCAACAGGCGGAAGAAUGUAGAAAAAAGCGCGAAGAGGAGGAGUGCAAGCAGCAGAAACUGGCCGAACAAUGUAAGAAACCCGAAGAAAGGCUAGAGAUCUGUCCGAAGAAAGACGAUGAGGCCGCGAAAUGCCAGCAGAUGAAGGAAGAAAGACUUGCAGCUGAAAAAAAGAAAAGUCUUGAUUUUGAAAAGAUCUGCAAAUUAGCUGAACUUAAAAAAAAUAAAAUGGAAGCUGAGAGGUGCAAUCAAAUGGAAGAAGAAAUGCAGUGUAAGCUAGCUGAAGAGCAGAAAAAAAAGGAGGAAGCUGAAAAGUGCAAGAAACUAGAAGAAGAAAUAAAGUGCAAGUUAGCUGAAGAGAAAAAAAGGAAUGAGGCGGAACUCAAGAUAAUCGAGGAGGAAGUGGCCAAAAUGGAAGCGGCUGAAGAGGCAAAGCGAUUAGAGGAGGAUAAGAAAAAGGACGUGGAACUCGUUAAUUGCAAGCGGCUGUGUGAAGCAAAGAAAAAGAUUGAGAAGGAUGAAAAAUGCAAAAAGGCAGAGAAAGAAAAGGAAUUGGCAGAAAUGGAGAAAAGGUGGAAACAGGCUGCAGCAAAACGAAAACGGAAAAGAGAGGCUGAUAUUUGCAAUAAACUGGCGGAUGAAAAGAAAAAAGCACAAGCUGAAUCAGCAGACAGGAUUUUGAAAUCAGUGUGCAAAAAGCUGAAAGACUCCCUCAAGGAUCCUGAUUCUUUCAACAAUGGAAAAAAAUAAGAUUUAAACAAGAUUUUUUUUUAUAU